UCUUUUUUCUUGAUAUUAUUGUCUUUCUUUCAAUAUGGUUGUCAGAUUCAGAACGUCUAGUUUCCAUCACGUCUUAUCCUGGUUUUUGUUAUUCCUUCAUCUUCCUUUUUUGUAUGCAAUUUCAUUCAAUUACCCUGAUUUCACAAACCCUCAAAACCUGAACUUAUCCGGCCAUGCUUCCAUCUCCAAUGGAAUUCUAUCACUCACCAAAAAUAGUAACUUCAGCGUUGGUCGAGCUGUGUACUUCCAAGAGAUGCACCUCUGGGAUCGAACUAGAGGCAAAGUUGCAGUUUUUGAUACUCAUUUUUCCUUUAACAUCUCGAUCUCGAUGCUUGAACCUCCAUAUGGAGCCGAUGGGUUGGCGUUCUUCCUCGCUCCUAAUGGCUUUCAAGUUCCAGAUGAUUCUGGGGGGGAGUGCCUUGGGCUGAUCAGCCGUUGUUAUUUUUCCGACACUACAGGAUUAGCAAUAGUAGCUGUUGAGUUUGAUACUUAUCUGAACAAUUGGGAUCCCAGUGAUAAUCAUGUAGGAAUUAAUGUGAACUCCAUCAGGUCAGUAGAAAACUUUACUUUGAGUAAAAGUAUUAAAAAUGCAUCCAAGGUUAAUGCGAGGGUGACUUAUAAUUCUCAAAAUUUGAGUUUGUUCUUGACUUAUGAUGAUAAUCCGGUUUUCAAUCGGAAUGAUGCUACCCUUUCAUAUAAAAUUGAUCUGUCUAUGGUUUUGCCUGAAUGGGUCACUGUUGGGUUUUCAUCUUCAACCGGUAAUUUCACGGAGAUACAUAACAUUCUUUCAUGGGAGUUCAACUCAACUGAAAUUUCAUCCAAGCGAGACAACUCAACUGAAAUUCCAUCCAAGCCAGAGGAAGUUGGCAGAGGAGGAGGUGGGAAGAGCAUAGGUAUAAUAGUUGGCAGUGCAAUUGGUGGAAUUGCUGCUAUUGGUGGGUUGAUCUCAAUAUUUUCUUGGAGGAGAAACAAGAGGAAUCAAGAAGAAGAUGUUGAAUCAGAUGAUUCCAUGGAUCAUGAAUUUGAGCAAGGUAUAGGGCCCAAGAGGUUCUCUUAUCAAGAAUUGGUUCAAGCUACAAAUAACUUUGCGGAAGAAGGGAAACUUGGGCAAGGAGGAUUUGGAGGAGUCUACAGAGGAUACUUGUCUAAUUUAAGUGUGGCAGUGAAAAGGGUCUCUAAAGGGUCUAAACAAGGAAGAAAGGAGUACAUGGCAGAAGUGAAGAUCUUUAGCAAACUGAGGCACAAAAAUCUUGUACAACUUGUGGGUUGGUGCCAUGAAAAGGGUGAGUUUCUUCUUAUCUAUGAGUUCAUGCCUAAUGGAAGUCUUGAUUCUCAUCUCUUUAAAAGUGAAAAUAUGCUAUCUUGGACAGUAAGGUAUAAGAUAGCAAUUGGUUUAGCCUCAGCUCUGCUAUAUCUCCAUGAAGAAUGGGAACAAUGUGUAGUGCAUAGAGACAUUAAAUCAAGCAAUGUGAUGUUGGAUUCAAAUUUCAACACCAAGCUUGGAGAUUUUGGUCUGGCAAGGCUUAUGGAUAAUGAGCUAUGCCUCAAGACCAGAGGGUUAGCCGGAACGAUUGGUUACAUGGCACCUGAAUACAUUAGCUCAGGAAAGGCUAGUAAAGGAUCUGAUGUAUUCAGUUUUGGUGUAGUAGCCCUGGAAAUUGCGUGUGGGAGGAGAUCACAAAUUUCAUUGGUGGGUUGGGCUUGGGAAGCAUAUGGAAAUGGAAGGGUUCUUGAUGUUGCUGAUGGGAGAUUGGGUAUGGAUUUCAAUGUAGAACAGAUGGAAUGCUUGUUAACUGUUGGGCUGUGGUGUGCUCACCCAGAUUUCAAUCUUAGGCCAUCGAUAAGGCAAGCAUUACAGGUUCUUAAUUUUGAAGCAGCAUUGCCAAAUCUUCCUGCAAAGAUGCCUGUUCCAAUGUAUGACGUGCCUGCCUCUUCAACAGAAGCUGUACUCUCUACAUCUCUUCUCAUGGGUCGGUGAACUAACUCCUAGUUUCUUGGUUUUUAAUUUG